CAGUUCCCACACACAGGCAGGGAAAGUUGCCCCCUUGAACACUGUGAGGCCAGGAAGGCAGCGUACAAGUCUCCAGCCCCACUAGCACACAUCAGCACCGCCAGCUCUCAGUAUCACACACAUUGUUCGCCUGAAGGCACAUCUUACGUUUCCGUCCAAGGAGGGAGCACUUGCUCAAACUCCCUACCUUAUGUUUGCCUGCUAGUACCACGUGUUCACCACUAGUAUAUUCAAGACACAUCUACCACUAAGCUGGUAUUGCUUUAUAACAUAAAAAGUCUACUGACACAAAAAUUAGAACGUUACUAGAAUCUGCUUCCCACCAAGUGAAACGAUAAUAGAAAUUACUGAAAGGCCCAAGAACUAUUUGACAGCACCUCUAUGAUGGCACCACAGAACACUUUUUUAAGUACAUUCUCCAGCCUUAUCUAUGGGCUGGCACUGGACCGCCUCUUCCGUAUGCUGACGGUGGGUGCUGCAGGUGUGGAGUGCGUGGGUCAAGAUGGACGUGUGGGCGAGUGUGUUUUGCAGCAGCAGUGCAGGAGGGAAAUCGGAACCCCCACCUCCUCCUGCACCUACGGCUACGCCUCCUGCUGUGUGGCAUAUUAUUCUGAAUGUGGUUUUGAGGUGACCAGGAACAAGACAUAUUGGGUGUCUCCACAGUCGGGCACCUCUAGUGUUGUCACCACUGGUGGAAUGUGUAAUCUUCGCAUCAAAAAGAUUACUUCCUCCAUUUGCUUCAUAAGACUAGAUCUUAUCAAGUUUAAGCUGAUGUCUCCAGUUAAUGGCAGCUGCACAAGUGACCAUCUGGUUGUCUCCGGGCAAAACAUUAAUGCCUUUACACCUAAGCUUUGUGGUGAAAAUUCUGGUCAACAUUUGUAUGUCGACGUGGACACUGUUGAUGGCCCUGUGGAGCUCAGUAUUACAACUGUAGGGAAAGGACUGGACAGACAAUGGGAAAUCAAAGUGUCUCAGAUUGAGUGUAGCAGCCCAUAUCGUCCACCAGCCAACUGCUUACAAUACUUCACUGGAGCACAGGGCACCUUGACCUCUUUCAACUAUGUUGCUGACAGAGAUUCUAAGUACCUAAACAAUCUAAAUUAUGCUAUGUGCAUCAGGAAGGAAGCUGGAUUCUGUUCUGUUGUCUACCAAACAAUUCCUUCAGGAAAUUAUACCAAAAACAGAGUCUUUGAAAUUGUUAACUUUCACAUUGAUUCUAGUGGUGUGGCAACCUCUGUAAUCCCCAGUGGUGAAGCAGGACUUGGUCUCAUCCAGUGCCCUGAUGAUUACCUCAUCAUGGCUGGCACCAGACUGUGUGGAGAACGUCUCAAUGAUGGCUCCAACCCACAACCCACUAAUAAUGGCCCUAUUACAGAUAAAACACGUGGUCCCUUCAUUGUUCAGUUCACCAGUGAUGGCUGGUUCACAGGACAAGGCUUCCAGCUCAUCUAUCAGCAAUAUCCUUGCUAAAAUAAUCUAAACCACAGUUAACUAUUAAUGUUAUAAUUCCUAAGGACUUUAUUUUUAACUAGAAAAUUAGCUCACCUUGUUUUAAGUAUUUACAGUAUACUCUUAUUUGCCUUUAUACAGUACUGUAUGUAAAGUUUAUAUUUUCUUUAUAUACUAAAUUCCUGUUUUCAAUUUUACAAAUAGAAUAGAUACGUAUAACAUCAAAAUUAAUAAAAAUUUGUAAAAGUGAGAAUUCCUUGUCUACCUUACUUCUACAUUAUAUUUAAAUUAUAUUAGAUAACCUGUAUAAAUAAACUUAUUUUUUAUACUGUAUAUGUAGAAUUUAUUAAUUUGUUUUGUAUUUAUUUGUGUUUAAACUAAUCUCACAUAGUACAAUAAUGUAAGUAAUACAGUACAUAUAUUUUAGGCUAUGGUAAUUUGCGCAACAGCCUCUGGCGCCCAAAUGCAAGUAGAUAUUGAACAGCAUUUCCAGAUGCAUUACAUCUGCUUUUUCUUCAAUUUGAAGCUAAAUAUGCAUUUUACAGGCUUAUGUAACCUAACCUAAUCUGUAUACUUUCUGCUACCCAACUGCCAUGUAAAUUAACCUGUAACAAACUGCCUCCUGGUUAGAGGCAGUGGAGAUGUCAUGUCUGAGAGCAAUGUGUGGUGUGAAUAUAAUGCAGAGAAUUCGUAGUUUGGAAGUUAGAAGGAGGUGCGGGAUUACCAAAACUGUUGUCCAGAGGGCUGAGGAAGGGUUGUUGAGGUGGUUCAGACAUGUGGAGAGAAUGGAGCGAAACAGAAUAACUUCAAGUGUAUCAGUCUGUAAUGGAAGGAAGGCGGGGUAGGGGUCGGCCUAGGAAAGGUUGGAGGGAGGGGGUAAAGGAGGUUUUGUGUGCGAGGGGCUUGGACUUCCAGCAGGCAUGCGUGAGCGUGUUUGAUAGGAGUGAAUGGAGACAAAUGGUUUUUAAUACUUGACUUGCUGUUGGAGUGUGAGCAAAGUAACAUUUAUGAAGGGGUUCAGGGAAACCGGCAGGCUGGACUUGAGUCCUGGAGAUGGGAAGUACAGUGCCUGCACUCUGAAGGAGGGGUGUUAAUGUUGCAGUCUAAAAACUGUGGUGUAAAGCACCCUUCUGGCAAGACAGUGAUGGAGUGAAUGAUGGUGAAAGUUUUUCUUUUUCGGGCCACCCUGCCUUGGUGGGAAUCGGCCAGUGUGAUAAUAAAAAAAAAAAAUAUAUUAAAAUUAUUAUAAUAAUAAUCAUGGGGGAGCACUAAACCCAUAAGAUUAUACAGUGCAUGUCUGGGGGGAUGGAAGGUAUUCAGGCUCAAUUCAGGGAACCAGAGCACAGAUCCAAUUCCCUAGAUCAAGAGCCCCUCACCAGCAUCAAGGAACCUUCCUGAGGGGUUCAUAUUAAAAAUAUUGUAUUAUAAAUAUAGUAAUGUACUGUAUGGUACACCUACAUAAUAAGUACUAUACUCUUACCACAAUAUUUCUACAAGCAUAUAAACUGCACUCAUAACUAAUCCUAAACAUAUGCAAUAAGAUCACAAGAACCAGGUGAUGUCUUAAUAUACAAUACAUCCACAGGGAAAAGCAGUAUUACUCCCAGUGCUCUUAUAAUUUCUCAUUGAUAAUGUGAGGAAAUUAUGAA